AAGGCAUCACAAGAAGAACAGAAUGAAGAAGAAAACAGAAAAAAAGAAAAAAAGAAGCAACAAGUACAAUAUCAAGAUGCAGAGGAAAUGAACACAGAAGAGGAUAAAACCCCCUUAACAACAUACAAGGCAAUUAACGAUGAAGUGGUAGAAAGACAGGAUAAGAUAGAAAAACAAAUAGAGCAUAUGAGAAGGAUGUUAAGUGAUUUAUUAGAGAACAGCCAGUCUGCAAUCACCAAAAAAAGACAACAACCACAAAGGCAAUAG